CGCUGAAAGUCCAUGUGAUGACUAUUUCAAUUAAAUUAAAAAGAAAUAUUUCUAAAAAGAACAUAAUACAAUAUAGUAAAUUUUAAUAUAUGUAUUAACUGUAAUUCAUAUUAGCAGUAAUAAGUUUAAAUAUUUUGCAAGAACUUCUUAAACUAGUUUUAUAAAUUGAAUUUUUAUGGUUUUUAUAUACUAUAAUUAUACAGUUAAUAAAAAUACAAUGUCUGACAGUGAAGAAGAUGAAACACAAAAUAGGAUAGUUAAAAUUACAGUUGUUGGUGAACCAUCUACUGGCAAAAGCAGUCUAUGCGCGCGCUAUUUGGGCGGAACGGCGGCCGGCGGCGGCACGCAGGGCGCCGAGGUCAUGGCGGGGCAGUGCCUCGGGCUGCGGCCCGCCGUGCCGCUGCAGCUGUGCGACGUGGCUGGCAAUGCUCUCGCUACGCGCAUGCUGGAGAACUACCUCUACGCUACCGAUGUAGUAUUAUUUGUUUAUGACCUAACGAAUUUACAAAGUUUCGAGAACCUGAACACUUGGAUCACGACUGUGAAGAGCAUAUUCGAAGCGGACGUGAAGAAGCCUCUGCUAGCCGUGUUCGGCAACAAGUCCGACUUGGAGCACCAGCGGGCCGUGCGCCUCUCGUGCGUGCAGAAGUUCGCUUCCGAACAUUUGUUAGAGAACUACAAAGGGUCAGCGAGGACAGGAGAAAUGGUAAACACGGCGUUCACAAACCUAGUGGCGAGCGUGAUCGGCGUGAAGGUCCGCGCGGCGCCGCCGGCCGCGAGCAACGGGCGCGCGCGGCCGCCCGAGCCCCCGCCCGCACCAGCCGAGCCGCGGCAAUCUCUUAUUAUGAACAGGAAGGCGCUGAGGCGCGUGCAGCGGGCUUCUAGCUCUGUCUGCGUUUUACAAUAAAGCUGAU